GAUUAGUCAAUAUUUGUUUCUUAAUAAAAUUGAUUUAAACAUGUUAUGAUCAGCUGAUUUUCAUUUCCGUAUUUAAAUAUUCUAGUGGCUCUGUAUUGUCAUCGAAGUCGCUUGCGAUUGUCCCAUCGAAAAUCACCUACACUCAUGGCUAAAGGUUCUCUUGGUUAAAAAUUAUGGUCUAUCGAAUCAACAAUUUGAUUCGGAUUGAAUUUUAUGGCUUGAUAUCUGUCGAUUUGUAUUUGUUUAUUUGUUAAUUUGGUCAAUUGUGGUAUUGUUGUGGUUGGUUUAUGAUCUCAUUUAUGCUUAUUUAUAAUGUAGAGUGAUUUUCUCAAAAUCUUUGGACCUGAUCUCUUUUUCCUUGAAACCUUUGAUCGGUGUAAAAAUGAAUUUGAUUGUUGCUUUGUUAAUUGUGAUUUGUGCAUUUAUUUGCAAUGCUCAAGAGGGCUCUAUCUACAUUAAUGAGCUGCCCUUGAAUUCAAAAUCCACAGGCUUUUAUACCAUUGAAGGAAGAGUUUUUCCAGCUCCGAAUGUUUCUAUAACCCCAUCUUGGUUCACAUCUACAAGGAUUAUUGUAAACUAUGGCCAAUUCCUUGCUUUUAUGAGAAAGGAUGGUAGUUUUGAGAUAAACCAAGUACCUUCUGGAUCUUAUUUGGUAGAAGUCACUAAUCCAGAUCUUUUUUAUAAGCCAACAAGGGUUGAUAUUAAUUCAAAAGGUAAAAUUCGUGCUCGGAAAGUGAAUUACAUUCAAAGCUCAGCUGUUCAGCAAAUCAGCUAUCCAUUAAAAUAUCGACCUCAAUCUCCAUUUAAAUAUUUCCAAACAAGAGAAACUUGGAGAAUUACCGACUUUCUAUUCAAUCCAAUGGUGUUAAUGAUGGUCUUACCUUUAGUUUUAAUAAUGGUUUUACCCAAAAUGAUGAAUGCAGCUGAUGUUGAAACACAGCGUGAGCUGAACAAUAAACAAAUUCCCAAAUAUGAUGUUCCAGAAUUAUCCGAAAUGAUGACAAACUGGUUCAGCGGAGGGGCUUCUGGUCUCAAUAAGCCUGAAUCACCCGGACUCAAGGCCAAUAAAUUGCUAAGAAAAAGAUAGUUUAACAAAUUAGAAUAUUGAUUCAAUAAUUGAUCAAUUUCCUAGCCCAGCAUUUUUCAUAUUUGUCUUUCAAUCAUCAAUAUUAAAUCUGUCAAAUCAUUUUUAAUGCUAAUGAUUUCUUCAAUAA